GCCGGCUCGGGAAAUGGAUGCUCGUCUGGUGUGCGGGCGCCGUGGGCGGGGAAAGCACACCCUCAGCUGCGCGCUGGCCCCGCCCGGGACCCGGCGGGAGCGCGGGGCCAUCCUCUUCCUCCUUUGCUGGCGCUGGGCUGAGCCCGGAGCCGAGAAACUGAGUUGGCUCUGAGCUCCCUGUUUGGUUUCUGGGCGGCGGCAGCCGGAGGAGGAACAUGGCGCUCGUAGGCAACGGAGCAGAGUUGGAAGCGGACGAGGACAUCUUUGAAGAUGCCUUGGAAACCCUCUCUAUGCCUUCUCGUGUAGAUAUGGCAACAAGCAGCCAACACUUCUCAUCAUUUGAUACAAAACAGGCAUCUGGACAGCACCGAACAUCUAAUGUGAAAAGGUCACUGUCAACCAAGGUGGAUCUCAGGAGUGGCCUGGAAGAAUGUGCAAUGGCACUGAACUUAUUUCUAAGUAACAAAUUUACAGAUGCCUUAGAAUUGCUUCGACCAUGGGCUAAGGAGAGCAUGUACCAUGCCUUGGGCUACAGUACCAUUGUGGUGCUACAGGCCGUCAUGACCUUCGAGCAACAGGACAUCCAAAAUGGCAUUUCUGCCAUGAAGGACGCCUUACAAACCUGCCAAAAAUACAGGAAAAAAUGCACAGUCGUAGAAUCUUUCUCAAGUCUUCUUUCUAGAGGAUCAUUGGAACAGCUGACUGAAGAGGAAAUGCAUGCCGAAAUCUGUUAUGCCGAGUGCCUCCUACAGAAAGCAGCCCUCACGUUUGUGCAGGAUGAAAAUAUGAUCAACUUCAUCAAAGGUGGACUCAAAAUUAGAACAAGUUACCAAAUAUAUAAAGAAUGUCUUUCUAUCCUGCAUGUAAUUCAGAAGAACAAAGUUGAGCAGCAGUUAUUCUAUGAGUUUGAAGGUGGCGUCAAGCUUGGAAUAGGGGCCUUUAAUUUGAUGCUGUCCCUUUUACCAGCACGGAUUAUCAGACUACUAGAAUUUAUAGGAUUUUCUGGAAAUAGGGAGUUGGGCAUCCUGCAGUUACGGGAAGGUGCCUUAGGAAGAAGCAUGAGGUCUCCACUAUGCUGCUUAACUAUACUAGCUUUUCAUACUUAUAUCUCCCUGAUACUUGGUACAGGAGAAGUGAAUGUUGUGGAAGCAGAGAGUCUCCUUGAACCCUACCUCCAGCAGUUUCCAAAUGGCUCCCUCAUGUUGUUUUAUCAUGGCCGGAUAGAGCUGCUGAAAGGAAAUGUGGAAGAGGCACAAGAGAUAUUUCGAAAAUGCAUUUCAGUUCAAGAAGAAUGGAAACAGUUUCACCAUCUCUGUUAUUGGGAGCUGAUGUGGAUUUUUGUAUUCCAACAAAACUGGAGGGAGGCGUAUUACUAUUCAGAUCUGCUUUGCAAAGAGAGUAAAUGGUCCAAGGCAACAUAUGUGUUCUUAAAAGCUGCAAUUUUGAGCAUGCUUCCAGAGGAAGAUGUAGCAGCAACUAAAGAGGAUGUGGUAACUUUAUUUAGACAGGUGGAUGGCUUGAAGCAGAGAAUUGCUGGGAAAUCGAUCCCUACCGAGAAGUUUGCUGUGAGGAAGGCUCGACGUUACUCUCCCUCGUUGCCUGCACCCGUGAAGCUCGUCUUGCCUGCCCUGGAAAUGAUGUAUGUUUGGAAUGGUUUUCCACUAGUGAGCAAAAGAAAAGAUUUUUCUGAAAGUCUGUUGGUAACUGUUGAAAAGGCUGAGGCAGAUCUACAAAGUGAAAGGAAACCAGUGGAUGAGAAGGCUCAAGAAACUGGGACCAAAAGGAGGAACUCAAAGUUUGUACUAUUUAACAAAGAACCAAAACAACACUCCAGUGACUACUCUGUAGAUGAUGAAUGCUUAGUGAAGUUGCUGAAAGGAUGCUGCCUGAAGAACUUACAGCGGCCUUUGCAAGCAGAAUUGUGUUUCAAUCACAUUGUCCAAAGUGAAAAGCUACUGAAGUAUGACCACUACCUAGUGCCAUUUACUCUGUUUGAGUUGGCAUUUUUGUAUAAAAACCAAGGGGAAAUUGACAAGGCCAUAAAGGUCCUAGAAACUGCAAGAAAUAACUACAAAGAUUACUCACUGGAGUCCAGACUACACUUCAGAAUUCAGGCAGCUCUUCACCUCUGGAAAAAAUCUUCCUCAGAUUGAUCAGAACAUGAAGGAUGGAAUUUUCUCUCAAUUAGUACUGGCAUCUGCUGUAGAUUAGACCUUGUAUUAAAGUGGAAAAAUGAUCUUGUGAAUGUGAGACAAAAAACUAAUUUUACUGUCAA